AUCUUCCGGCAGCGGAAGCAGAAGCAGACGGUUUUUGAGACAGGAAGCGAGUGUACGGCAAAUAUGGCGUCGGCAUUGCUGGCGCUGAGUACCCGGGCAGCUGCUACAGCCCUGCUGAAGCCCCCUCAGGCUGCAGCUCUUGCCGUCAGAUAUGCAUCCAAGAAGACAGGCGGUAGCUCCAAAAACCUCGGUGGAAAGUCACCAGGCAAACGCUUUGGCCUCAGGAAAAUGGAGGGCCACUAUGUUCACGCCGGCAACAUCCUGGGGACUCAGCGCCACUUUCGCUGGCACCCGGGUGCCCAUGUGGGCCUCGGGAAGAAGAAAUAUCUGUACGCCCUGGAGGAGGGGGUCAUCCGCUUCACCAAAGAGGUCUACGUGCCCCACCCCAACAACUCGGAGGCUGUGGAUCUGGUCACCAGGCUGCCCAAGGGUGCUGUGCUCUAUAAGACUUUUGUUCACGUGGUUCCUGCCAAGCCUGAGGGCACCUUCAAACUGGUGGCCAUGCUCUGAGCUCCCCCUCAAGACUGUUGGACACAGCUGGAGCCCAGGUGACAGGAGCAGGUGGUACCAGAAGUCAAGAGCUGGGGUGACGACAAGCCUCCUGAGGAAGAAGUCUGUGACGUGACUGGCUGGGAAGCCCUUUGGAGACCUGACCUGAGGCCAGAAAUAAAGUUAGCUGGAGCCAUGA